AGUCUUCUCACCGCAAGCAUCGUUCUGUUUGGUCCAAAAGAACAAAGGCCCCUUCAUCGUUUGGGAUUUGCAUCGCCGUUCCCUUUGUAUUGUUGCUGCUUGUUUGCCCAGCUCAUCCAUUGCUGUACUCGCCUCGGGCACAAUUCUAGGUGUUUCAUCGUGCCACCUUGUGCUCCACAGCCCGCAGCACAAACCAUUGUUCGUGUUCGAGGUCGUUUUUGUGUCUGGACCCAGCGCCAAAAAACACCUGAAAUACUGCUGGGAAGCUUCACCCCUGGAACCGCAUUGCAGUCAUGCACCUGGCCCCCCUCCCCAGAAGCUCGCGUGGCGGCCUGAGCCCGGUGAUUCCGCUCGACUCGCCUUUUCCGCCUUUGAAAACGGAACUUCGGUACAAGAGCGUGUACGAACGGGCGGGUUUUGACGUCAACUUGGGCCACCGCCUGCCCAGCGACGGCCGCUCGCUCUAUUCAAAACAGCUACCUGUUUCUCCCGUUGGCUCCAGCCACAGCCAGGCAGACCUGCUCCGAUCUGGCCGCAGAACGCCGUCGUCGGCACACUCAUACGGGACGUCUACGCGAGCGCCGUCUGAAAGCCACGAAAAGCCGUCGCCCCUUGGUCUGGGAGUGGCGCAGCCGCCCUAUGCACCCAACACGUGGGCCGAGGGCCACAUGCCGAAAGCCCGCGUGUUCCAGGCGGCCGGCUCGCCGCGGCACCUUGCAUCUCAGACCUCUUUGCCCAAAAUCCAGGGCCGGCCGUCCAUUGGGCGGUUCCAGCCCGACAUCAUCAACCCCCGCACGCGGUCGGCAAACGCGGCGGUGGAAUACCCCCCAGCUAGACCCACCGGCCGCAACAAGAAGCAGCUCAAACUCAGCAUUUCCGAGGGCGCACUGUCGUUGAACACGGGCGCAGAGACCUCGGUCGACACGGACUCGCCGUUCGACCAGUCACGUGCCAGCGGCGCCUCCACGCCCAGCACCUCGGCCAGCUCGGCGCAGUCUUUUGCCGGCAACCUCGCCUCGCCAUCUCCGGCAAGUGUCAAGACGUCGGAACUCAUGCAGAAGACGCCGUAUCCCGUGCACGACACCGCGGGCUACUUGGCGCACGACCUCGGGCCCAGCCUUGCAGGCUUGGCGGACGACGUGCAGCAACACAAGGCCUUCGACCCCCGGGGCUCUGCCCCCCACGGCUCUGUGGCACGACAGGCCUCGAAAGCCGCGUUUGUUCCCGCCAGGGGCGACUUGGCCGAGUCCUUCGGGCGCGUGGAUUUGUCCGACGCCGCCCGCUCGACCCAGGGCGGCCCGUAUCACGAUUUCGACACGGCAAGAGACGCGGGCGAGCAGGCAGAACCACUGUCGAACGAUUACGAGGACUUUUUGCAGACGUCCGGCCACGGCGCGACGACGGACGUGCGGGCGUCGCGCUUUUCCACGAUCAGCUCCAUCAUUUCCAAGCAGCCCAGAUCUUUUGGCCCGGAUAGUGACGGAGAGGACGAGGACGACGAGAUUGCGCGCGAGUUGCAGAGGCAGCUCGAGCAGAUCAAGAACGGCAGUCUGAUCAGCCUUGCAGCCGAAGCCGCGGGCCACAGCGAGGACUCGUUUGUGACGGCCACCGGGUCUUUUGUCCAGAAUGCUGCCGCGGUUCCGUCCUUCUGCAUAUCCAGCAUAGGGGACGGUCCCGGCGAAAUUGGCGGAGAAGAACAAGUGCAUGGGUGGGAUGGUUUCAGCGAAAGACGCCAUUUGAGCGAAAAAGACAGUCUGACCGAAAGAGACGAUUCCAGUGGAAGAGACGAUUCCAGCAGAAGAGACGAUUCCAGCAGAAGAUACAAUAUGAGUCAAGACGGCCAGCGCAGCGAGAGUGAAUGGGACGACAACCUCAACGACACCCAUGAAACGACCCGCUACGACGAACACGCACAAGCCCAAAAAACGGCGGAUGGGGCGGGCGGCCCAUUCACGCCGCAGUUCAAGCAAUCGCAGUUCGUAGACGACUCGUUUGGCGGCACGCCGGAGACCAUCAGGCCGCUCAGUCCCAAGACUCAUUUGGUGGAGCAGGAGCUCGAGGACAUCAAUUUCAAGUGCCAGCAGGAGCUCGAGGACAUCGACUUCAGGGACCAACAAGAGCUCGAGGACGUCGACUCCAAGGUCCAACAACAGCUCGAGGACGUCGACUCCAAGGUCCAGCAGGACGACCAGGACAUCCAGGACGUCGAGCCUCGGCCACACACGCCGCCGGUUCCGGAGGCCCAGAACGAUAUGUACAUUCUCAGGCAGAACCCCACGCCGCGCGAGUUCGAUGCGUUUCCGAAGUCCGUGAUGGACCCGAAGUUCCCGGCCUUCCGCACCAGCGAGGUUUCCCCCAAAAUGCCCGCGGGCACCGGGCCGUGCCGCUCCUGCGGGGCGAACAUCGAAGCUGACGCAAGAGGCCCGCAGAAACCCGUGUAUUCGAAGCUGGGGGACUUGAGUGGACAGUGGCACCGCGCGUGUUUCAAGUGCUCGUACUCGGGCUGCCCCAUUACGUUCAACAAGAAGGUCACGCCUUACGUGUUGCUUGACAAUGCGUUCUGCAAGCACCACUACCACACGCUCAACAACACGCUCUGCGAGACGUGCCACAGCGGCAUCGAGGGCGAGUGCAUCGAGAACGAGUUGAAGCAAAAGUGGCACCUUUCGUGCCUCCUGUGCACCAGAUGCCACGAGCUCAUCAGCAGUGACUAUUUCUUGGUCAACCAUCAGAUCGUGUGCGAGGCUGACGCCAGCAAGCUCAUUGCGGAGCUUGCGCACGCGGGCUUGAGCACGCUGGACAAGGUAGAGAAGAGAAGAACUAGAAUGUUGUUUAUAGAAUAAGGACGGGGUUGAGUGUGCUACUAGACGAGGCGAUUGAA